CCUCACCUCUCUCUCUCUCUCUCUCUCUCUCUCUCUACCGGCUCACAAUCUCUCUCUCUUUCGCUCGCGUUUUUCUCAGGUGCCCCCUCCUUCCACUAUCCAUUCGACGCCAUCCACGCCCACCCAACAAAUCACGUGCUUGCCCUUUUCUAAAACCCUAAUCCCCAAAUCCUCAACCGGAAAAAAUGGAGAACUACCCCUACUCCAAUUCGUAUCCAGAUUCCGGUCACUCAUCCCCUCGGUCUCGAGAAAUCGACUGCGAAAACGCCUCGUGGGACGACCAGCCGCUUUCCUCCGGUUACAAGGUCAAGUUGAUGUACAGUUACGGCGGCAAAAUCCACCCUAGGCCUGGCGACAACCAGCUCACCUACGUCGGCGGCGACACCAAGAUCCUGGCCGUUGAUCGGAACAUCCGAUUCUCCUCCUUCAUCUCUAAGCUCUCCAAUUUGUGCGAAUCGGAUAUCUGCUUCAGGUACCAGUUACCAGGAGAAGACCUCGACGCCCUAAUCUCCGUCACGAACGACGAGGACCUCGAGCACAUGAUGAUGGAGUACGACCGCUUGUACCGCGCUUCAAACAAGCCGGCGAGGAUGCGCUUGUUUCUUUUCCCGGCGAACUCUGCUCCGGCGACGACUUUCGGUUCCGGCGAGACCAAGUCGGAGCGGCAGUGGUUCGUGGACGCCUUGAACUCCGUUCAGAUCCAGCCCUCUUCGCCGCCGGCGCCGGAUGCGGGGACGAAUCCGGACUUCCUGUUCGGUUUGGACAAAGGACACGCGCCGUUGCCGCCGGUCGCUGCCGUGGCGAAGGAGCGAGAUUUGCCGCCGCCGCCACAUAUGGUUCCUGAUUCUUUCCCGAAGCCAUCCCUAGUAAAUCGUGCCGAAUCGGACAGCGGUUCGGAGGAUCGGCACGUGAUCGGAGAGCCGGUGGUUUCUCCGUCAGAGAUCCAGAGGCAAAUGCACGAAUUUCAGAGGUUUCAGAUAUCUGGAAAUGAACAAGGGAUGUACUACAGAAAAAUCGACGAACCAAACCCGAACUAUUACAACACACAGAAAGUACCGGAGAAACUUCCACCUGCCCAACCGGCUGCGCCGGUGACAGUCCCGGCUUCCUACUGGCAGGAACGAAACGUGGCUACUGGAGGUUACCCCGUAUCAGCAGCAACAGCUCAUGAACCACCGGUUUACCUAAUUCAGACGCCGACCGGGAUGUAUCAUGCUCCUGCUCCGGCAUUGCGACCGGUUACCAGCCAAUUCACCGGUCAGGGAUACUAUGGAAUGCAACGAGUAGUGCCGGAGAUGUACCGGGAGCAGCAGAUGUACAAUCCAGGUCCACAGCCGUCUAUGCAGGCUUUGCAGCAACAAAUGGUACGGCCUCCGGCAGCGGCUGGAGUAGGGAUACCCACCGAGCAGGGUUAUUCACAUGUAGCUUACGAAGGGCGGCAGAUGUACUACACCACUGCGCCAGCAGGGGUGGUGCCGCCUUAUCAGGCGGUGAAUGCAGUGGUUGAUUUGAGGCAAGGCGGAGGCGGAGGCGGCGGCGGCGGGUGGAAUGCCGAGGGCGGUAAGUUCGUUGGCAAGGGUUCAGAAUCUUCUUCGCUGUGAUCUUUGUUUUUUUUCAGUUAGUUAAUGGAGAAUUAUUGAUUUACCUGGUGUUCUGUGCAUGUUCUAGUAUCAGUUAUUUGGAUGUGGUUGGUUUUUGUUUGGCAAUAUUCUUGCGAGUGUAUGUUUGUCAUGAGGUGUGCAACUGUGAAUAUUUUCUCAACAGCUAUUGCAAUGCCAUUUAUU